UUUUUGUUGUGGGCCAAGAUUUGUUAGUUUUGUGACUAGAUUUAGUAGUCUUUUACUUGUUUAGUGUGUUUCUAGUGUUGGUUCCUUUCUCACCGACACUAAAAGUGACUAGAUCUAAUGUUGAGCUUAUAAUCUUGACCAUUGUUGUGGUGACUUGAAAGUGUUUUGAACGUUUUUGUUGUUGUGGCUCCACUUUGGGUGUAUGGUCUUCACCUUGUUGUUGUUCUUAGCUUGACCACGUGAUUUUGUUGUUAAUUGGUGGCCUAAGAACCAUUUAAUUGCAGUUGUAGUUGUCUUGGCCAAGUGUUGAAGAUAAUAUUGUUGUGGAUAUAGAGUGGGACGUGAAAGAGGAAUUGUUGGUGUUCUUGGAAGAUUAUUGUUAUUCUUGGAAUUGUUGUUGUUGUUCUUGGUGAAUGUUGUUGUUGUUCUUGAUGUUCAUCACUAUCUUCAUACCUUGUUAAAAAAAAAUAAAGUGCUUAUUUGAUCCAAAAAGGUGAAGAAAAAGGUGUAAGUAAUUGUUAGUCUUGAAAGACCCCCAACCACCAAAAAAGCUUUACAUCACUUCUCACCAACUUUCCAUGAUUUAAGGGAAACCAAAUUCCAUGUUUUGAGGAGAAAAGACAAGAAAGUCAAGUCUUGAAAACUUGGAAUUGAAAAGGGGCUAAAAGACUUGUUUGAAUUUCCCUCCUUAAAUAAAUUCCACCAAAGUCCAAAUUGAAAAAUUGACCAAGAAUUGUGCGGGGACCAUGACCAAUUACGUGGCUGCCUCAUCAUCACAUUUUACUGUUCACCGCAACAUAAUUAAGCUCAAAUUUUAGAUUUUUUAGUUUCAUUUUUUUGGCUCAAACACUAAUUGACAAUCUAGUAAUCUUCUACUAGCUUGUAGGUUAGUUUUGUAUCCAUUUGUUCAUGUUUACGUUUGUUGUGUGCUUUUCGCAUUUUGAAUUCCUUGUUAGUUCUUGACUCAAGUCCUACAAGAUUUCAUUUGAGUUUCAAACAAAAAUCCAUUCCGAACAAGAUUCGGCCUGACCCUCAAUCACUCAUGAAGUACAAGCCGACUUUCAACACUUGUGAAACCAAGUGCGAGAUAUGAAACGGCACAUUGAAAUUAUAUGUCAAUUGCUACCCAAACUCUUCCCACAAAAUUCAAUUGUGCAAGCACCUUGCGAUGAGAAUUUUUUGGAGGAAGUUGUUGCCCAAGCUUGUGAAGGACUCUUACACCGAGGUAAAGAUGAACAUACUCAUGAAAGUCAAGGUAAAAUAGCUAACUCUUACACUUUGGUGCAUAUUAAUGAUGACCGCGAGACAAAUAAGCCGUUGAGUGUGAGUAGUAGCUUACCUACAUAUGAGUAUAUUGAUUCCCUACCACUUGUGGAUGAUGUGCAUAUUGUGCGAGUGGAUACACUAGUUGAUCCUAUAGAUGACCGAAUCGACUCUUCUAGUAAGAUCGAUUUGUGUCCAUCUAGUGUUGAAUGAAAGUACAUCGUCGUGUGAUAUUUGUGUUGCCCAAAUUGUGAGUAAAACUUGCCCACCACUUGAGGAUAUGUGUGCUGUGAUUAAUGAAUAUCAAGUGAGUGAAGAAUUUGAAGAUAUUGGUCAAGGAAAAGGGAGUGAACCCGUGAGCCUAUGUUGUGGUAACGAUUCUAAUGUUUGUUUUGCUCAUAGGGUUAAUCAUGUGCUUGACAUAUCUUUGGAACUUGAUAAUGAUUCCUUAGAGAGUGAAAGUUCCAAACCUGUCCGUGGUUUAGAUCAUUCACUCUUUAGGUACAAUGUCUUGUUUGAAGAUAGUUUAUUCACUCUUAAUGAACCUAGUGGUGCAAGUGAUGUGGAUGGCAUGGAUUGUCUUGAAAGCUAUAACAUAUAUGCUAACUCAUUAUGGUGUGACAACAUUCCUCCUCAAGAUGGAAAUCUCUUCUUGGAAGACGAGAGUAGUCUUAAGGGUAGGGAAUGUAUAGUCUUGGAAAGGAAUAGUCAAUUGGGUGAAGAUUACCAUAAUUUGCUUGAUUACUUGGGAAACCUGAAUUGUGAUUAUUAUUUGAAAAAUGAUUUUGCUUGUACUCCUUUGCAUGACACCGCACCCGUGCUUGAUAAAUAUGGUGACUUGAAUUGUGAUCCCUUUGAUAUUAAUGUUGGUUUGUGUCUACUGGAGGACCCAAGGACAAAUGUGUCAUUAUCUCUUUGGGGUGUUGCUCAUAUUCUUGCAUCUAUAUUUGACACACUUGUACUUAAGUUAUGUGAACCACAACUUGUGGAUGCCAAGUUGUAUUCUUAUUUGUGGAAGGGUCCAAGGAUGUUAAAGACUUCUUAUCACCUUCAUGGGGUUGGACAAGUUGAAGUAUUUUGUGGGACUUUUGGGAGAGUGCUUCACAUAAUUUGUAGAUGGAAGCUAAUUUCUUUGGCAAACUACUUGCCUUGGAUUGGAUUGUUGCAUGGUUGUAUCCCUAUUCUCCCUAUUGGUAUGACUCCCAUGAUGGAAUGCCUUUCCUCGGGAAGUGGUUGGAAGGAGAGAGGUCCUACAUGCUUGCAAUGUCCCUUUCUCCCAUUGUGUGUUCCUACUUGUGAAUACAUCUUAGAUGAGAAUUGUGUCUUUCAUACCUUUCUUCACUACCUAUAUGCAUAUGAUGAUAUUCAUGAUGUUGUUGGAUAUACAUCGUAUGAGAGGCGUAGUCUUGGUUUUUGUCCCUUAAUUCUUGAUGUUCAUCCGAGCCCUUUCCUUUGUGAUGUUGUACAAAAGCUUUCCAUAACUAACACAAAGGAUCCUUGGUUUUACUUCAAGUGUGUACCACCAUGGCAUGAUAAUGCUAAUUUAUUAUUUUGCUAACCCUAACCCUCAUUCCAUGAGGAUAUGUACUUGUUUGUUUCCUCUUUGAUUUUGCAAGGUACGGAUUCAAGGUCGAAUCCUUUUCAAGAAGGGGAGGAUGAUACAAGUAUGAUUACGUAUAUGAACUUUUGAGGGUAUAUGUUACACCCGCGGCUCAGUGUGUGCAAUGAAGUGCAAAGGUGCACCUAAAUGGACACCAAAACAGUCCACUACAUACACUAAAAGGGCCAAAUCAGUCCACUACAUACACUAGAGGGGUGCCCCUUCAUUAAGGGGCCUUUUGGUCAUUUUACCUAUUAUUUAUAAUACACUAUAAAUAGAGUAAUGUAAGGUUUCAUUUUCAGAUUUUGGUAAAUAUGAUGAGUGUAUAAUACUUGAAACAUUUUCCUCUCUAAGGAAAGAAGACACGCAACCCGAAACUAGGGUGAUACAAGUAUGGAUUUCACUUGUGUAGCAUUCAAGGAUUGGAAACGUAGGUGCUUGGGGAGGUUGACGUCCCUGUUGUGUCCACGUAAAAGUGUUGGUGUUGUUAUUUCAUGUAUUAAGGGUCUUAGUGUUGGAUUUACACUUAGUUUCUUUGUUAUUGUAGUAAUCUAUGUCACACUAUCUAUCUUUACCUUUCUUGCAAUUUUGUAAGUGUUUGUAUCUUGUUCUCUUUUGUUCUUGUUGAAUCCAAAUCUUGUGUCCAUCUUGUUCAUCAGGUUUUGUAGCUGUUUUGGUGUUGAAACACACCUUUUUAUAUCUUUUUCUUGUUGUAUUUGUUGAAUCCAAGAAUGGUCUCUAUCUUAGUCCUCAGAUCUUGUGAUUUGUGGACUGAUUUGGUGUUUGAUUUCAUGUUCCUCUUGUUAUUCUUGUAUCACCUUUCGUUUAUACUUCAAGUAGUUUUUGAAGUCUUUCCACAAAGGUGGUAGCUUCUCAACUAUCGCUGCUACUUGAAAUGCAA